AUGGAUCUUGAACCUGGAAAGUGUUGGGACAGCUCAAAGAAGGGUUCUUGGAAGGCUAUUAUGGUAUUGGCUUACCAAAGUCUUGGUGUUGUUUAUGGAGACUUGAGUAUUUCUCCAUUGUAUGUUUUUACAAGCACUUUUGCUGAGGAUAUUGAACAUUCAGAGACUAAUGAAGAGAUUUAUGGCACUCUUUCUUUUGUUUUCUGGACUCUUACAUUGAUUCCACUCUUCAAAUAUGUGUUUGUUGUUCUUAGAGCUGAUGAUAAUGGAGAGGGUGGUACUUUUGCUCUCUAUUCAUUGAUUUGUAGGCAUGCUAAAGUGAGUCUUAUACCAAAUAGACAGCAUGCUGAUGAAGCACUUUCUUCAUAUAAGAUGGAGGAGCCUCCAGAGAAAGAUAAUUCUAAAGUGAAGAUUUUACUUGAGAAGUAUAAGACUCUGCAUACGGCUUUGCUGAUUGUGGUUCUUCUUGGCACUUGUAUGGUAAUUGGGGAUGGAGUGCUUACACCUGCCAUUUCUGUUUUCUCAGCGGUAUCCGGUCUUGAGGUAUCCAUCAUGUCCAAGAAACACCAUCAGUAUGCUGUGAUUCCGAUCACUUGCUUCAUACUGGUGUGUUUGUUUGCACUUCAACACUAUGGUACACAUAAGGUGGGGUUCUUUUUUGCACCAAUUGUGCUGACAUGGUUACUGUGCAUUAGCACACUUGGCUUCUAUAAUAUAUUCAAAUGGAAUCCUCAUGUAUAUAAAGCUCUUUCGCCGUAUUAUAUGUUCAAGUUCUUGAAAAAGACAAAGAUAAGUGGAUGGCUGUCUUUGGGUGGAAUAUUACUUUGCAUAACAGGCUCAGAAGCUAUGUUUGCUGAUCUUGGUCAUUUCAAUUAUAUGGCCAUUCAGAUUGCAUUCACUUUUCUGGUAUAUCCUGCACUUAUAUUGGCAUAUAUGGGUCAAGCUGCUUACUUGUCACAACAUCAUAAUUCUGAUCUCCAAAUCAGCUACUACGUCUCGGUACCAGAAAAUGUGAGGUGGCCUGUGCUUAUAUUAGCUAUUCUAGCUUCUGUUGUGGGGAGCCAGGCAAUCAUCAGCGGAACAUUUUCAAUCAUAAACCAGAGUCAAUCUCUCGGCUGCUUCCCACGAGUUAAGGUUGUUCAUACAUCCGACAAGAUACAUGGUCAGGUCUACAUCCCAGAAAUCAAUUGGAUGCUCAUGAUCCUCUGCAUUGCUGUUACCAUUGGGUUUAGAGACACAAAACACAUGGGAAAUGCGUCAGGGUUAGCAGUGAUGACCGUGAUGUUGGUAACAACGUGCCUAACUUCAUUAGUUAUUGUAGUUUGCUGGAAUAAACCGCCGAUUUUAGCCUUUUGUUUCCUAUUGUUUUUUGGCUCCAUUGAACUGCUAUAUUUCUCGGCUUCACUGACAAAGUUUCGCGAGGGUGCCUGGCUCCCAAUCCUCCUCGCCCUCUUCCUAAUGAUUAUAAUGUUCCUUUGGCACUACGCAACGAUCAAGAAAUACGAAUACGACCUUCACAACAAGGUCUCACUGGAUUGGCUUCUAGCUUUAGGUCCAAGCUUAGGAAUUGCUAGAGUCCCUGGAAUAGGCCUUGUGUUCACUGAUCUCACCACUGGCAUUCCGGCUAACUUCUCCCGCUUUGUCACAAACCUCCCUGCAUAUCACCGCGUCCUUGUUUUCGUAUGUGUAAAAUCAGUACCAGUACCUCAUGUCACCCCUGCAGAGAGAUACCUUGUCGGCCGCGUAGGACCCGCUGCUCAUCGAUCAUAUAGAUGUAUAGUCAGAUACGGAUAUCGCGAUGUUCAUCAGGACGUUGAUUCAUUCGAAUCCGAACUAGUACAAAAGCUCUCUGAUUUCAUCCAAUACGAUUGGUAUCGAACUCGUGCGAACAGCAUGAGCAUUGAAGACGACGGUUCACACUCAAACGAAUCAUCAAGUUACAGACUAACCGUAAUCGGAACAACUAGUUUCUGCAGCCAACAAGGAUACGAGAGUCAGCAGAGUGUCCAACCCGGGAGCGCGUCUGGAUUCCCAUCUGUACAAAGCGUGACAGACGUAAUCGAGAUGGAACCGAUGGACGCAAACGAAAGACGAGUGAGGUUUGCUGUUGACAAUGAUCAUGAAAGUGAGACAAGGUCUGAGGCUGGUGUGCAAAUGCAGGAAGAGCUUGAAGAUCUUUAUGCUGCACAAGAAGCUGGUAUUGCUUUCAUUCUUGGACAUUCUUAUGUGAAAACAAAGCAAGGUUCAUCACUGUUGAAGAAGUUGGCACUUAACUAUGGAUACAAUUUCUUGAGAAGGAAUUGUAGAGGACCUGAUGUGGCACUUAAGGUUCCACCAGUUUCUUUGUUGGAAGUUGGGAUGGUUUAUAUUGUGUAG